AUGCAAAUGGGCUUCAGCUAUAGCUCCGACCUGAUCCAGCACCAGAGGAUCCACACUGGGGAGAAGCCCUACAAGUGUGGGGAGUGUGAGAAGAGCUUCAGCCAGAGCUCCCACCUGAUCUGCCUCCAGGUUAUCCACACAGGGGAACAGCCCUACAUCUGCAUGGAAUGUGGGAAGAUCUUUGGUUGGAGGUCCACCCUCAUCAACCACUGCAAGAUCCACACUGGGGAACGGCCCUACACCUGUUGGGAAAGUGGGAAGAGCUUCAGGUGGAGCUCCAGCCUGAGGGAAUACCAGUGCAUCCAUGCCAGGGAAAGGCCCUACAAGUGCUCCAAGUGUGGGAAGAGGUUUCGGAGCAGCUCCCAUCUCUUCCUGCAUCAGUGGAUUCACACAGAGGAGAGGCUUUUCCGCUGCCCUGACUGUGGGAAGGGCUUCAAGCAAAACUCCACCUUUGUCCUGCACCGGCACAUCCACACCGGGGAGAGGCCCUACCAGCCCAAAAGGAGACCCUUUGAGCUCUCCUGGGCCACCGUGGGCUGUGACCAGCAAUCUCCCUCUGAGGGGGCCUCUCAGAGCCAGCAAACGCUCAGGAUCGACGCCGGGGAACAGCACUACAAGUUCUUGGAAUGUGGGCAGAGCUUCAGCAAGAACUCCCACCUCCUCAAGGACCACAAGAUCCGCACUGGAGAAUGGCCCUUCGAGUGCUUGGAAUGUGGGAAGAGCUUCAGCCAGAGCUCCCAGCUCGUCACCUGCCAGUACAUCCGCACUGGAGAGAGGCCCUGCGAGUGUCGCCAGUGUGGGAAGAGCUUCGUGCGCUGCUCCAGCUCCAUCCCCCAUGGGAGGAUCAACGUUGGAUGA